ACAACGUAAGGGAUAAUGAAUAAUAAAAGUUUAUAGCAUGAGCAUUAUCAGUUAUAUUUAUUCAAGUAGGGAUUUGCAAGAAUGAUAAACAAAAUAUAGUUUAAAGGAUCAGUAAUAAUAAGACUUUUACACGACAAACAAAACGGGAUUGAUUUAUAAAGGUAUCGAGCCAGCAAGAAGAACUAUGGGAAUAGUAGCUUUAAAUUACAGAAGUAACUUAACACAAUAUCCAACACUAGUUUCUUGCUGAUGCUAAUAAUGCAGCAGCUGCGUUAUUGCGUGAGCCGAGGAUGGGCAUGGAACCGACUGUACUCCUCACAGGCUAAAGGAGAUAUUUAUGAUGUAGUUGUCAUUGGAGGCGGGCAUGCCGGUACAGAGGCGUGUGCAGCUGCUGCCCGCAUGGGCGCUCGCACAUUGUUGCUUACCCAUAAACUGGACACAAUUGGUGAGAUGUCGUGCAAUCCGUCUUUCGGUGGCAUUGGAAAGGGGCAUCUUAUGCGUGAAGUGGACGCCCUAGACGGUGUUUGUGCCCGUUGCUGUGAUGUUUCAGGUGUGCACUACAAAGUGCUAAAUAAGCGCCGCGGACCGGCAGUGUGGGGACCAAGAGCACAGAUUGACCGCCAGCUAUACAAGCGGGCGGUGCAGCAGGAGUUGUUUAACACCCCAAACCUGCAGAUCCGUGCAGCGGCCGUGGAUAAUCUUCAAAUCGAUGCGGAUGAAUCCGCCAACGGUGGCGCGCGCUGUAAUGGAGUACUUUUAAACAACGGAGAGCUGGUUCAGAGUCGAUCGGUGGUGCUCACAACAGGUACUUUUCUGCGCGCACACAUUAACAUCGGGCUAGAAGUAAAAGAGGCAGGUCGCAUUGGGGAUAAGCCCGCCAAGGCGCUCGGCGAGGCUCUGAACAGACUGGGCUUUCGCAUGGGUCGCCUGAAGACUGGAACACCGCCGCGUAUUGCUAAGAAUAGCGUGGACUUUUCCAAAUUAGAGAAGCACGAUGCCGACGAUCCGCCAACGCCGUUCUCGUUUCUAAAUAAGAAUGUUUGGCUGUCCGCCUCGGAACAGCUACCUUGUUAUCUGACUUACACGACGCCACGUGUCAAUGACAUUGUGCGUGAUAAUCUGCACGUCAAUCGGCAUGUCACAGAGGAGGUUACGGGACCGCGCUAUUGUCCUUCGAUUGAGUCGAAGGUGUUGCGAUUCGGAGCCAGGGUUCACCAGGUUUGGCUAGAACCAGAGGGUUUUGACAGCCCGCUAUGUUAUCCGCAGGGUAUAUCGUGCACCCUGCCGCACGCUCAGCAGGUCGAACUGGUGCAUGCCAUUAAAGGCCUGGAGCAAGCUGAGGUGGUACAGCCGGGUUACGGCGUAGAGUACGAUUUCAUUGAUCCUCGCGAGCUAUAUCCGACGCUGGAAACGAAGCGCGUGUCGGGCCUUUUCUUCGCCGGUCAGUUGAAUGGCACCACAGGUUACGAAGAGGCUGCAGCCCAGGGAAUCAUAGCAGGUGCGAAUGCUGCGGGUAAAACUCUGCACCAGGAUGGCCGCCAGCUAAACAUUAGCCGUACUGAAGGCUACAUUGGCGUACUAAUCGACGACCUCACCUCACUGGGCACCAACGAACCGUAUCGCAUGUUCACCAGUCGAGCCGAGUUCCGACUAUCUCUGCGGCCAGAUAACGCCGACAUGCGUCUAACGCAGAAGGGCUACCAAUUUGGACUGGUCAGUGAGCAGCGCUACCGGCACUUUCAGCAGACGGAGCACAAGCUUAAGACCGGCAUAGAGGCCCUGAGGGGCUUGCAGAAGCACAGCAAUUUCUGGCGACAAGCACUGGGCCUGCCACAAGCCAAGGCUUCUAUACAGAAGUCUGCAUUCGACAUGCUUGCCGUGCCAGCGGACAACAUAACGGUUAACCAGCUUAUAGAUCUGUGUCCAAGCGAGCUAAGCUGGCUACGGGACGACAACGACUUGGCUACAAGACUGAAGAUAGAAGCACUCUAUUCGUUCUUUGUGGAUGAACAACAGCGUGACGUGGAUGAUGUACGACGGGAGGAGAGCUUGUGCAUUCCCGCCGACAUCGACUAUUUCUCCAAAUCUCUGAGCUUGUCCAAUGAGGAGCGACAAAAACUGACCCUUAUACAGCCACAAACGAUUGCCGCAGCCAGCCGCAUCCAGGGAGUAACGCCGUCGACAAUCCUGCGAAUAUUAAAGUACGUGAAGAAGGCGGAUAUCUUACGCGCAUCACAUCAUAGUUCAUAAGGCAAUCCCUAUUAUGGGCACUCGUUUUUAAGUUUGAUAAAUGUUGUUAUUAUAUUUGGAAUACUUUUUCGAAUAUAGGUACCUUUACCAAAGUUGAAACUAA